AAUCGCGAUAGGAACAUCUGAUCCGGGCUAUUUUGCUUUGCGACAUAACUACCCAUGAUAACCAUACAUCAUACCUUGAAUAUCCAAUAUACAUAUAUAAUCCUUCAGCCUCAGUCAAUUCAGUAUGCCGAGCUCAUGUAAAGAAAUAAGAGCCGCAUUGGCCGAAUGCCUACAAGAGUCCGAGUGCGUCAUGGUACAACGACACACAGCAGCCGACUGCCUGCGCUCUCCUCUCUCAGAAACCCUUCCGACGAAAUGCCAACAGCUCAAGAAGGGAUUCGGCGACUGCAGGCGAGGCAUGAUCGACAUGCGCAAGCGAUUCCGCGGCAACCAGCCCAUCACCUUCAAGAGUCUCGAGACAAGCGAGAAGUCCGGCGAGGGGUAUCAAUUAUAUGCUGGCAAAUCCGCCUUCGCCGGCUCUGUGCGCAAGACAGACGGGGACGAGCCGGAAGCGCCAGAUUGGCGAGAGGUCGAGAAUGAGAAAUACCGGAAAGAGCAGGAGGCAAAGAAGAGUUGACGAGUCUAUGAUGAGGCAAAAACUAGGAUGAACAAAAAUGGAUAGGUAGGUAUAUUUCAAGAUACCUAGGCAUUGGGUGGCGUUGGGGUUAGUUAUUCUUUUCAUAUUCAAAUCAAACCGAAGUUCCUUUCUAGGGAUUUCAAUGGCAGUGCAUUCCUCUCGAUCGGUCAAUAUUAAUAUCGUGGUCUGGUAUUAUCUCACACCUCAUUUUUUAUUUUACUCGUGCCGUGCCUAGACCAUGAAUUGCAGCUGUCAUUUUCAAUAGUGCAACUUAAUCACUCUGCUAAUGUUCUGCAAAGCAAGAAACAUUUAGCGCGCAA